UUGGCUGGAAGGCCGAGGGAAGCUGCUACCAGCAACCAAUUGGAACGCAAAAGGGGCCUGUGGGGGCGGGAGGAAGAGCCGCACCCUUCCUCAGGAGCCAAUAGAGAAGAAGAACAGUGAAGCGUUUCCUGAGUUCGGGGGUCGGCGGAAGAUGGCGGCCUCCGAAAGUGGUUGGUGUUUGUGCGAGUUGUUGAGGCAAUGGUUCUAAAAGUGUAGUCCAUGGAUCCAUGCAAGUCUCUAAGACCCUUUCAGUGGACUCUCAAGGUCAAAAAUGUCUUUAUAAUAAUAUUAAGGUUUUUUUAUUCAUUAUUCUUCCCUGGGUUAAUUGUAUGUGGAACUUUAUGUAUAUGUUUGGUCAUUGUCCUUUGGGGGAUCAGACUGCUGCUACACAAAAAGAAAAAGUCCAUGUCAACUAGCAAAAAUGGGAAAAAUGAAAUGGUGAUUGCAUUUUUUCAUCCAUACUGCAAUGCUGGUGGAGGAGGAGAAAGAGUUUUAUGGUGUGCCUUAAGAGCCCUGCAGAAAAAGUAUCCUGAAGCAGUUUAUGUUGUUUAUACCGGCGACGUAAAUGUCAGUGGUCAACAGAUACUAGAAGGUGCUUUCAGAAGAUUUAACAUCAGAUUAACUCGCCCAGUGCAGUUUGUUUUCUUAAGGAAACGCUACCUUGUGGAAGAUUCACUCUAUCCUCACUUCACACUGCUGGGCCAAAGUCUAGGAUCCAUUUUUCUUGGCUGGGAAGCUCUGAUGCAAUGUGUUCCUGACGUUUACAUUGAUUCAAUGGGAUACGCCUUCACACUUCCUCUGUUUAAGUAUAUAGGGGGUUGCCGAGUUGGAAGCUAUGUUCAUUAUCCCACUAUCAGCACUGACAUGCUUUCUGUAGUGAAGAAUCAAAAUGUUGGAUUUAAUAAUGCAGCCUUCAUUACCAGGAAUCCAUUUCUCAGCAAAGUAAAACUCAUCUACUACUAUUUAUUUGCUUUUGCUUAUGGACUUGUUGGUUCUUGCAGUGAUGUAGUCAUGGUCAAUUCUUCUUGGACACUGAAGCAUAUUCUGUCACUGUGGAAGGUUGGGAAUUGCACUAACAUUGUUUAUCCACCUUGUGAUGUGCAGACAUUUCUGGACAUUCCCUUACAUGAGAAGAAAGUGACCCCAGGACAUUUGCUGGUUUCUGUUGGCCAAUUUAGGCCUGAAAAGAAUCAUCCUUUGCAGAUCAGAGCCUUUGCUAAAUUGCUGAAUAAGGUGGCUGAGUCAUCUCCUUCUCUUAAACUUGUCCUCAUUGGAGGCUGUCGUAAUAAAGAAGAUGAAUGUAGGGUAAACCAACUGAAAAGACUGUCUGAAGACUUAGGAGUUCAAGAAGAUGUGGAAUUUAAAAUAAACAUUCCAUUUAAUGAAUUAAAGAAUUACUUGUCUGAAGCAACAAUUGGUCUGCAUACCAUGUGGAAUGAGCAUUUUGGGAUUGGAGUUGUGGAGUGUAUGGCAGCUGGCACAGUCAUCCUCGCACACAAUUCAGGGGGCCCAAAGCUUGACAUUGUUGUUCCUCAUGAAGGAGACAUAACUGGAUUUCUGGCUGAGACUGAAGAUGACUAUGCUGAGACUAUGGUUCAUAUUCUGUCUAUGUCUGCAGAAAAGAGACUCCAAAUCAGAAAAAAUGCUCGUGCAUCUGUAAGCAGAUUCUCUGAUCAGGAGUUUGAAGUGACAUUCCUAUCAUCUGUGGAAAAGUUAUUUCAAUAAUGCCAUAUAUGUACAAAUUAAAGACAUUUUAUAUAAAAUAGUUAAAUACCUUCAUAUGUAAAUAUUUUUCUAAACUCAUUCCCUAUUGUAAUAAAGUCAGCCUAUGCAAUAUUCUUAGCAUUAUGUAUAUAGGCAAGAUAUUUAUUUCAAUGAAAAAAGGCAAAAUUACCAAAAUGGAAAAGGUAAUCUAUGUAGCUUAAAUGUAAAAAUUUUAGAUUAGUAUUUGGUCUUAAAUUCUGAAAAGUAGGAAUCUGAAAAAAUAAACUAAUCAUGAAAUUUGCUAUAAUCUAUAUUUUUUAAAUCCCAUUUUUCAAAUCACUUUAGGAAACAGCAAAGAAAAUUUCCUUUUAGAAGGAAAAUUUCUGUCAGUGUCUAUUUGUGCUAAAACAAAAAAGAAAAGAAAGGAAAUGUUGAAAAAGAAAUGGAUGACUGACAGACUGAUAACUGGCAUUUUAGAAUUGUUCUGACAUUUUUGGAACACAGAAAAAUUCUGGUAUAUUUAAAUUCUAAACAAUAUUGUAGGUGAUACUUUUUAAUAUGCCUAUGAUUUUCUUGAAAGAAACUGUAAACAGGCUUAUUUAAUCAUGUUCCCAAAACAUAGUCAAGAGAUGAGACUGAUGUUUUAUCAGUGUGUAUAAGUACCAAUAUGUAGGGGCCAAAGUACUGCCAGCAAUCCUUUCCAUAGCUAGGAAUUUGUGAAAAUUGGUUUUUGUUCAGGACUAUCAGCCCAUUUGUAUGGAUCUCUCAUUAUCCCUUAACAGCUCCACAUCUCAGGGGCUGGAAGUCAGCUUUAAAGUCAUUCAAGAGAACCUCAAGUCGUUUUUUCUGACAGAGAGCCAUCUGUGAAAUGCAUUUUGAAAAGAGCACUGGACAAGCAGUUAGCAUUCCUGAGCCUACCUUUAGCUUCAUCUUUUAUAAACUUCUGACCUUUGACACCAAAGCUGCUCCUUAAUCUUUCUGAGUUCAGAGCCUUCAUCUAUAAUCUGGAGAUGUUAAUAUUAAAUACCUAUCCUCACUACCUUUUACAGUUGUGAUACUGAGGUGGAAAGUGUGUGAAACUACUUUGAAAAUUAUAAAAGUCACUUUAAUUAAAGAUAACAAUAUAGAAAACAUA